GACCUUCCCCCGUCGCCCGCCGCGCCCUCCAGUCCUCCAAGAUCAAUGGCUUGCCUUCCCUCUCUAGGUUCGCCAGCACCGAGGCCGGCAGCGUUGGCAAGAUUCACCAGGUCAUUGGUGCCGUCGUCGACGGUAUGUACCCUCGAAGCCGCUAAGAAAUCCCCCGUUGGCGGCUGCGCGAAAAUCUUUUCUUACCCUCGAUUUCAUCGCAACUUUCAUCAACACCGACCCAAAAACACUCCCAAAACACGAUAUCUGACUUGGAAAUACAGUGAAGUUCGAGGGUGAGAAGCUUCCCGCUAUUCUCAACGCCAUUGAGACCGAGAACAACGGCCAGAAGCUCGUUCUUGAGGUUGCUCAACACUUGGGUGAGAAUGUCGUCCGUACUAUUGCUAUGGAUGGUACCGAGGGUCUCACUCGUGGUGCUGCUGCCCAUGAUACCGGUGCUCCCAUCACCAUCCCCGUCGGCCCUGCCACCCUUGGCCGUAUCGUCAACGUCACUGGUGACCCCAUUGACGAGCGUGGCCCUAUCAAGGCCACCAAGUUCGCCCCUAUCCACGCUGAGGCUCCCUCUUUCACUGAGCAAUCCACCACUGCCGAAAUUCUCGUCACUGGUAUCAAGGUCGUCGAUCUUCUCGCUCCUUACGCUCGUGGUGGUAAGAUUGGUCUCUUCGGUGGUGCCGGUGUCGGAAAGACUGUCUUCAUUCAGGAGCUGAUUAACAACAUUGCCAAGGCCCACGGUGGUUACUCCGUCUUCACCGGUGUCGGUGAGCGUACUCGUGAGGGUAACGAUUUGUACCACGAAAUGCAGGAGACUGGUGUCAUUCAGCUCGAGGGUGAAUCCAAGGUGUCUCUUGUGUUCGGUCAGAUGAACGAGCCCCCAGGUGCUCGUGCCCGUGUCGCCCUUACUGGUCUGACCAUUGCCGAGUACUUCCGUGACGAGGAGGGUCAGGAUGUGCUGCUCUUCAUUGACAACAUUUUCCGUUUCACUCAGGCCGGUUCUGAGGUGUCUGCCCUUCUGGGUCGUAUCCCCUCUGCUGUCGGUUACCAGCCCACUCUGGCCGUCGACAUGGGUGGUAUGCAGGAGCGUAUUACCACCACCACCAAGGGUUCCAUUACCUCCGUCCAGGCCGUCUACGUGCCCGCUGACGAUCUGACUGAUCCUGCUCCCGCUACCACCUUCGCUCACUUGGACGCCACCACUGUCUUGUCCCGUGGUAUCUCUGAGUUGGGUAUCUACCCUGCUGUCGACCCUCUUGACUCCAAGUCUCGUAUGCUCGACCCCCGUAUUGUCGGUGAUGAGCACUACCAGGUCGCUACCCGCGUCCAGCAGAUGCUCCAGGAGUACAAGUCCCUCCAGGAUAUCAUUGCCAUUCUUGGUAUGGACGAACUGUCUGAGGCUGACAAGCUCACCGUCGAGCGUGCUCGUAAGCUUCAGCGUUUCCUGUCCCAGCCCUUCACUGUUGCCCACGUCUUCACUGGUAUCGAGGGUAAGCUGGUCGACCUCAAGGACACCAUCCGCAGCUUCAAGGCUAUCAUCAACGGUGAAGGUGAUGACCUUCCUGAGGCUGCUUUCUACAUGGUUGGUGACAUUGAGUCUGCCCGCGCCAAGGGUGAGAAGAUCUUGGCCGAGCUUGAGGGCAAGGCCUAAAUGUAAUAUUGUUUUGAAGCGCCCUUUUCCUUUUGUGUUAGAUAUGG